GUGCGCGCAAAGAGAACGGAAGGACGAUUGGACGGCUGCUCCUUAGCUCCUCCUUCCAGGCCAGGCAUCUGAGUUCAGCGACCGGCUGUAGCUCAGGACGGAGGUGGGGCGUGUUCGCUGCUCCGGCGGCGCCACCGCUGCUGCGCGAACGCCGCGCGAAAUGGAGGACUCGGGAGGCGAGCGGGAGGCGACCGAGGUCGAGUGGCUGUUCCCGGAUCCCAACAGCGGACUCCGGCGGGAUUCACCUGCUGCUGUAGAAGGAGUCUCGUUUUAUCAUGCCCAAGCUGUGCCAACUGGAAAUGCCUGGAACCGAAUCAUUGUGCAUCUGGACUUGGACUGUUUUUAUGCCCAGGUAGAAAUGAACUGCAAUCCUGAAUUUAGAAGCAAACCCUUAGUUGUGCGGCAGAAACACCUGGUAGUCGCCUGCAAUUAUGAAGCCAGGAAUGUUGGUGUGCAAAGACUCAUGAAUGUGAAAGAAGCAAAAGAAAAAUGUCCAGAUAUGGUGCUGGUUAAUGGAGAGGAUCUGACAAAAUAUAGGGAAAUCUCUUGCAGAGUGACAGCAUUGUUAAAAACAUUUACUCCACUGGUAGAAAGGUUUGGAAUUGAUGAAAAUUUUGUGGACAUCACUGAAUUAGUGAAAAAGAGACUGAUACAGUGGGAAAAAACAGCUUUUCCUAAAAUUUCUGUUUGUGGUCAUGUAUAUAAUAAUCAAACUGUCAAUUUGCACGACCCAAUGCACGUAAAACUAGCUGUGGGAUCUCAGAUUGCAGAGGAGAUGAGAGAUGCCAUGUGCAGCAGGCUAGGGCUCACAAGCUGUGCAGGUGUGGCCACCAAUAAAUACCUCUCCAAGCUGGUCUCUGGGACCUUUAAACCAAAUCAGCAAACAAUUCUUCUGCCUGAGAGCCGGCAGAACCUGAUGGCCAGCCUUGACCACAUAAGGAAACUACCAGGGAUUGGCUUUAGAACAGCAAAGCACCUCCUAAAUCUUGGGCUUUGCACGGUGCAGGAUCUCCAGGCCUGUUCAGCUGAGAUCCUGGAAAAAGAACUGGGAACUCCAGGUGCACAUCUCAUCCAGAAGCUCAGCUGGGGCGAAGACCACUCUCCAGUCAUCCCAUCAGGAGCUCCUCAGUCUCUCAGUGACGAGGACUCCUUUAAAAAGUGCUCUUCUGAAGCAGAAGUUAAAAAGAAAAUUGAAGAAUUGCUCACUAACCUUUUAGACAGGUUGUACAAGGAUGGCAGAAAACCGCAUACCGUCAGAUUAACCAUCCGUCGGCUUUCUGCUACCGAUAAUUGGUUUCAUCGGGAGAGCCGUCAGUGUCCUAUUCCAUCUCACUUGGCCCAGAAGGUUGGAACAGGUGACCCCAGUGUAAAGGCUCACCUCUUUUCCGUUCUUAUGAAACUGUUUCGAAAAAUGAUAAAUGUUGAGAUUCCAUUUCAUCUGACCUUACUGAGCAUCCGGUUUUCCAACCUUAAGGCCCCACCAGCUUCUUCUAAGGAGUCUAUUCAAUUUUAUUUGAGUCAGUCAUCUCCUUCCUUAAGCUGCAACAAAGUUAUCCAUACAACUGAGGACAGAAACACAGAAUAUACAAGUUCAGAACGUCGAGGAGAGUUCAGUGAUGUUUUACCAGGAGAAAGAAACACAAGAUGUGUAAAUUCUCAGCUGCACAGUCCUUGUCUGCCAAAAGCAAGUGAUCGUGAGUGCCCAAGUCACCUGCUUCCUGCUGGAGUAGAUUACGAUGUGUUCAACCAGCUUCCAAGUGACAUUAAGGAGGAAAUAAUCUCUAGCCAAAAGAAGGACAGAGAUUCCACAGUGACUUUGUGGAGCCACGGAGUAUCUGAACUGAGGGAAGAAUUACCAUGCCACACAAAAGCCAAAGGAAGCCCUGUUUCCCUGAAUUCUGGAGACCUCUGUCCACAUACUAGGGCUCUGGCAUUUCUUGGCAUUGCACCCACAAAUGAAGAACCGCCAUUAGAAAAGCAAAAUCCCCAUGGAGAAAACUCUUCCCAGAAUGAUUGGCGAGAAGGCUCAAAAGUGGCUCUUCCUCCUUCUGUUGAUCCCAAAACAUUUUCUGAGCUGCCUGCUGAGAUGCAGAAAGAACUGCUGGCAGAAUGGAAGAGUCAAGAAUCUGUUUCCAAAAUGCACGUCAGCAAAGAUGUGGCCCUCAAAGGGACAAAGAAAAGGCAGAGUUCAUCUCCAGGGUCAAAUAGUUUACUGCGCUAUUUCAAACCAAGAUGAUUCCAGUGCAUGUUUGGUGUAGUGACUAUGGAGUAGAUGGAAUGUAGAUCCGGAGAUGGAGGCCUAUCUUCAGUCAAAUCAUAUGGCUACUUUCUAGGAUGGUACUGUUUAAGGAAGUAAGUGGGGAAGACUUUUUUUUUAAUGCAUCCGUACAACAUACUCUCCAGAUACUGUAUUUUCAAAGAAUACCUAUCCAGGAUAACUUAAAGCCAUGCUAGCUGGGAAUUUUGGGAACCGUCACCCCAAAUACAUCCAGAAGGUAGCAGGCUGGGAAGGCCAAGUUUGUAUGUGUACGUAUUUGCAAAUAGAACAUAGACACUCCACACACAAUUUUGAUAUUUUAUGUACAUGAGCCUGAAAAUGGUUUCCCAUCUCUCUAAAAUCAGUGUCUCAAAAUCUGGGGAGUGGGUAGAAGCAAGGGAAAGGAUGUUGAAAUAAAAAGCAGUCCCAGUAAUUUUUUCUCCCUUCAUUUCUUUAGUCACAGAUGCUCGAGGGGUAGGGUAUACCAACCUGGUCAACUUUGAGAUGUGUAGACUUCCAACUCCUAGAAUUCUUAGCAAUGGCCAUGCUGGAUGGAGCAUUCUGGGAGUUGAAGUCCAGACAUCUUAAAGUUGCCCAGGUUGAGAAAUACUGCUAUAGGGUUACACAUUCUCACCAAUGGAAGAACAAGCAGAACAAGGCCAAGGGGAUAGACACAAGAAUAUAUCCCUCCAGAUCAGAAGGGCCACACUUAGCAAAGCCCUUUUUGGUCUUGGUUCCCCCUCCCAAAAUGUUCCUGCCUCUUCUACCAGAGAAAAAGAAAACGUCAGGCUGAAAAGAAGUCAAUUGUGGGUAUUUGGCAGAGGCGGGGGGAACCAUAGAAGACAGAUCAGUCUUCAGAAUGCCUAGAUCAGUGUUUCUCAACCUUUGCAACUUGAAGAUGUGUGGACUCCAACUCCCCGAAUUCCCCAGCCAGCUUCAACUUCAACUCUGGGAGUUGAAGUCCACACAUCUUCAAGCUGCCAGGAUUGAGAAACACUGGCCUAGAUGUUGUCAUCCAUGGUUUAGUUGAUCAGCAUAUCUGCUUCCAGCUGUAUUCCAGGUUCCCCUCCAGCAGCCAGGGAAGGACACACUGGCUAGAAAUACAAGCACAUUAGAGAGAAUCUGGAUGAAUAAGAAAAGGUGAAGGGACAGUCCCUGGCCACUGCCAACAUAGAGCUCUUGAUCACUUCCCCAGCUUAAAACAUAGCUUUAGAUAAGAAAAAAGCCUCCUUGUUCUGAUGUAAGCGGGAAUUUGGAUCAAGGAGAGUGGUUUUUUUUUUGUCCUGGGUACUUGGAAGAGUAGGAAAUUGCAGGAAAUCUGUGUUUAUGAAGAAGUAUCCUUCCGGUUCUAGUGUAGAGUGAGCCUAUCAGGUCCUCACCCUCAAUUAAUUUAUGCUCUUUAGGUAACCUUGAAGCAAGGAGAAAUUUUAGUUGCA